AUGGGUUUCUCGGAUUGCAUCGACGACGAUUCAAUAGGACCGGACGUUCAAGGCUGUCGGGACGACUUCGACUUCACACUGGCCUUCGAACAAAUCUUCUUGUCCAUACUACCGUCCGUCAUCUUCAUCGCCCUUUCCCUGCCAAGAUGCAUCUCGCUGUUUCGCAAGCCCCGUCUUGUACGGGGUACUCUCUUGAAAGUCUUCAAAAUCACCGCUUUCGCCAUUUACGCCGUCCUUACGCUGGUCAAUCUCACUCUCAGCGUCGUUGAACCAGCCAAGGUCACGGCCCUCUUCGUCGCCUCGUCCGCUCUCCGCUUCACGGCAGCGAUAUGCAUGUCGGCGACAAGCUACUGGGAACAUUCCCGCUCGCCACGGCCUUCCGUACUGUUGAACGCUUUCCUCUUCCUCUCAACACUCUUCGACGCCACUCAGGCGCGCUCCUUGUGGCUGUCUGCAUCCACAGAUCACGAACUUGCCUUUGCCUGCGUGUUUUUGGCCGCCACUGCCUGCAAGGCUUCUCUUAUUUUGCUCGAAUCCUGGCACAAGAAACCCUGGCUCCACUGGGAUGAGAAAGACCACAGUCCCGAAGAAACAGCCGGUCUCUACGGCCUCGCCACCUUCUUCUGGCUCAACCCCCUGUUCAUAACCGGCUAUAAGAAGAUCCUGGCUGUAUCGGACCUAUUCCCGCUGGAUAAAUACAUGUCGGCAGAUGCCGUACAGGUCUCUUUCUCCCCAAGAGUCGAUCCCGUGAGGCUUCAGGGCCGCAAGCAUGGUCUCGCGCGCGAGCUAGCGAGCGACCUCGCUGUCCCUAUUCUCCUACCAGUCGCGCCUAGAAUUGCUUUGGUCGGUUUGGUCUUCUGCCAACCGUUCCUUAUCGAGGCACUGCUAAGACAUCUUGACGAGCCGGAGAGCAGGGCAUCUGCCAACAAGGGCUAUGGGCUGAUAGGCGCUACAAUUCUUGUCUAUACAGGCAUCCCGUUGGCUACCGCCUUCUACUGGUACUCCCAAGAGCGCUUCCUCUGUAUGGCGCGCGCGUGCUUAACUACAGCGGUAUACCGCAAGACGGUUCAGUCCAAGGCCUCGGCUGGGGACGAUUCAGCCGCCUUGACACUGAUGAGUGCUGAUAUCGAACGCAUCCGCAUGGGCUUCAUGCAGCUUCACGAGUUCUGGGCCAACCCCAUACAGGUCGCCUUGGCCUGCUGGCUGCUUCAACGCCAGCUCGGCGCUGCGUUCGUCGCUCCAAUCGUGGUCGUCGCCAUCUGCGUUGCCAGCUCCAUGGUUUUAAUGAAAAACAUUGGGCCUCGACAGAUGGCCUGGAUGCAGGCUAUCCAGAAACGGGUCGGCCAGACGACAAACGUCAUUGGGAAUAUGAAGACCCUCAAGAUUUCGGGGCUGGCGACGCCGGUCGAAAAGGCGAUCCAAGGGCUACGAGUGUCCGAGGUGAAGGCUGGAGGAAGAUUCCGAGCCUUCCUCGUCGGCUCUGUGGGCAUUGGGUUCACCCCGAUUCUCCUCGCUCCCGUUUUCACGCUGGCGGUCACAUCUCGAAACUUGGACGUCACAACUAUCUUCACCUCCAUUUCGUAUUUGCUAUUGUUGUCCGAGCCAUUGACAACCCUAUUCCAAAUCGCUCCUCAGCUCUUAGCCGCGCUAGCAUGCCUGCAGAGAGUACAAGAUUUUGUCCAGAAGGAAUCCAGGCACGACUUCCGUGACUUUACUAGAAUGCUGUCCGAGAAGCCAGGCUCGAGUUCUAUAGCCAUUGAUAUCGUCAACGGUAGCUUCGGCUGGGACCAAGGUUCAUUUGUCCUCAAAAACAUCACUGUCCCGAUCCCGGCGGGUUUUACUAUGGUUGUUGGCCCGGUCGCCUCCGGGAAAUCAACCCUGUGCAAGGCCUUGCUCGGAGAAACGCCAAUCGUACAGGGAGAGGUUGUCAUGGGCCUCAAUCCUCGCUCGGUUGGAUACUGUGACCAAAUCCCAUUCCUCUGGAAUGAGUCGAUCAAGGACAACAUAGUUGGAUUUUCAAAGACGCUCGACCAAGAGCGGUAUGCGGCUGUCAUUGAAGCCACCAUGCUUUCACCAGAUCUGCUACUCUUUCCACAAGGCGAUAAGACAAAGGUCGGAAGCAAAGGCAUCAGCCUGAGCGGAGGUCAAAAGCGCCGGAUCUCUCUUGCCAGAGCUCUCUACCAACAAUGUGACCUGCUCAUUGCCGACGACGUACUCAGCGGCCUUGAUGCGGACACAGAGGAACAAGUCUUCCACCGGGUGUUCGGAACCGCCGGCUUGCUCAAGGCAAGGGGUACAACUGCUGUGCUUUGCACCCACGCCACUCGCCAUCUUCCCUCUGCGGACUACAUUAUUGCCUUGGCCAGCGACGGGACUCUUCAUGGACACGGAACCUUCGGCCACCUCGCGAGAACCAAACCCAGCAUUGUCCAUGACUAUGUUGCUCGGUACGAGCCCAAUGAACUGAAGGAGCCAUCUGAAUCGGUUCAAUUGGCCGAUGAAGAAACUCCUUCGCCGGCGUCUCGGGUCAGUUCCACCAUAUCUGCCCCCGAGGAAGCUUCACCUAACCCAACACGCGUCAUGGGCGAUUCCGCUGUGCUUGGGUACUAUUUCCGAAGUAUCGGUGCGUUUUGGAUGCUCGCCUUUGCCGCAUUUGGCGUCAUCUGCGGCUUCUUCUACAACUUCCCCACCGUCUGGCUCAAGUUCUGGAGCGAAGACAUGUCCUCGGCCAACCCAGCCCGCUCUCAGCCGUUCUACCUCGGCCUCUACGCCCUGUUCCAAUGUCUAGCAUUGGGCUCUCUGGUCACUGAGGCUGUAAUCGGUCUGUUGAUAAUCAUCAGGAUUUCCGGAACGACCUUGCAUAAGGCGGCACUACGCACUGUCUUUGCGGCCCCUUUGAGAUUUUUCACCACAACGGAUACAGGGGUUGUCACCAACCUGUUCUCACAAGACAUGACGAUUAUAGAUGGGGAGCUGCCGCAGGCUUUGAUUAAUACCUCGCUACAGACUUGGAUAGGGAUCGGUACUGCCGCAAUUGUUGCGACGUCCUCGCCAUACGUCAUCGUCGCGUACCCCGUUGUUUUAGGGCUUUUGUAUGGCAUUCAAAGAUUCUACCUCCGCACAUCUCGCCAGCUACGUUUGUUGGAUCUGGAGGCCAAAAGCCCGCUCUACACUAACUUUAUCGACACUAUCGGUGGAUUGACAACAAUCCGGGCGUUUGGCUGGUCAGAAAACGCUGUUCGCCUGAACAACUCCUUGCUCGAUACGUCACAGCGCCCCGCCUACUUGUUGAGCAUGAUUCAGCGCUGGCUGGCCUUCGUUCUCGGCAUGGUGGUUGCCGUGCUGGCGCUUUUCGUCGUCACGCUUUCCACGCAACUACGCUCCAACGCCGGUUUCACUGGCGCCAGCAUGGUUUCGCUCAUGACAUUUGGAAAGACACUCGCGAACCUGGUUCAGAUGUACACCAUGUUGGAAACCUCCAUUGGCGCCGUUAGCCGGAUCAAGUCGUUUUGCGACGACACGGCUCGCGAGUGUCUGCAGGGAGAAGACGGGACCAUUCCGGCUUCGUGGCCAGAGAAUGGUAGGAUCGAGAUCAAGAGAGUUUCUGCGUCAUAUAGGCAAGUUCAAUCCGGUAUGAAAGAUCUUGCGCUCAAGGACCUCACGCUCUCAAUUGAGCCGGGUGAAAAAGUGGCACUUUGCGGCCGCACCGGCAGCGGCAAAUCAUCGGUUGUGCUUCUCCUUCUACGCCUUCUCGACCCCCUCCCGUCUUGCUCCAUCAACAUGUCCAUCGACGGCAAUCCUCUCCACACAAUCGACCGCGUCACCCUGCGAGAACGGAUCAUUGCGGUGCCUCAGGACGCCGUGUUUCUCCCGGAUGGGACUUCAUUCAAGACGAACUUGGACCCCUUUGGUAUUGCCACAAAUGAAGAAUGCCAAGCCGUUCUCGAGAGCGUGGGUUUGUGGAGCCUGGUGUGCAGUCGAGGCGGCCUUGAGGCUGGCAUGAAUGAAGACAUGCUCAGCCAGGGACAGAAGCAGCUCUUCAGCCUGUCAAGGGCAGUUUUGCGCCGACGCAUUCGCCUGAGAAUGCUGGCAACGGACUCCUCGACCUCAGGAUCCGAGUCUGGAGGGGAUGCGCGUUCCAUUCCGCGAGGAUUGGACGGAGGCGUGCUUAUUCUUGAUGAAUGUACCAGUAAUGUCGACAGGGAGACGGAGAAGGUGAUGCGGGAGAUCAUCCGGCACGAGUUCGAGCGUUACACCGUGCUAAUGGUGAGCCAUCGUCUUGACAUGGUCAUGGAAUUCGACAAGGUGUUCGUCAUAGAUUCUGGGCUGGUCGUCGAGCAAGGUGUUCCAAGGGAGUUGGUAAAGGUGGAGGACAGUCGAUUCAAGCAUCUUUGGGCGUUGGGUGGAGGGGAGUAG